CUUUGCAGUUGUUUUCUCGGGGUGUACAUGGGCAUAUGGUUGUAAGGGGGUUCGUUGUUGGUUGUGGAGGAGCGGGGGAGUGGGGGAGUUCGUGGUAUCCAUGUAUCUCGCGGCUUCUGGAGCUGGAAUUAGGAUUAUGCUUGCAAUUAUUCAUUAGACGGGGUUUUAGAUUUAUUUAUUUAUUUAUUCCACAAAUGGUAAAGUUACGGCUUGCUGCGUGCGACCCGCGGCGAUUAGUAAUCGUAGCGGCUCUAUGGCUGUACGCAUUUCGUCUUCCGAGCGACUUCACCCACAUGGCAACGGGUUUGCAAAAUUUUGUAUGCAAGCAUACCUACUGAGAAUUGGGACGGCUACUGUAGCGAAGAUUUGGCGACAAGUUGGCAUCGAGUCAGUCAUGGGGCUCAUACAAAGUCAAGAACAGAAGGGACAAUUAACCAAGAUUGAGAGGAGGAUGAUUCAGGCCAUGGCCGAGCGAGCACAGAUAGCCAAUGUGGUACUCAAAACUUUUAAUACGUUCAUCCUCAAGUUUCCUAAGAUUGACGCAUCAUUUGAAGCUGUAAGAGAAGUCUUCAACAAAGCAGAUAAGAAUGGAGAUGGUUCCUUAGACAUGGACGAGUUGAAGCAGUGUCUACAGGAGCUACAAGUGGAAUAUUCUGAUCAAGAAAUCGAGGAAUUUCACCAUGAGAGUGACAUGGAUUCCACUCAUGGGAUCCAAUUCAAGGAGUUUAUUGUCGUGCUAGCACUCAUCUACCUUCUUGGCAGACCCACACACACAGGAGUGAAAUCGGCAAUUGGGCUUCCAGACCUCGAAGCCACUUUCGAUGAAAUUGCAGAGGCUUUUGUGUUUUUCGACCGCAAUAAAGAUGGCUAUGUCAGCAAGAAGGAGAUGAUAUGGGCUAUCAAUGAGGCAUCACCAUCUGGUCGGCACGGACACAGAAUUGGCGUUCAAAGAUUUGAGGAAAUGGAUUGGGAUAAAGACGGCAUGAUCACAUUCAAGGAGUUUUUAUUCGCUUUUACGGACUGGGUAGGACUUGAGAAUGACGAAGAAGAAACAGGACACAACAAUGUAUCUUCGACCUCUUGACAACUUUACCUGAGGUCAUGCAGCAAGUAUCUGUUGCUAAUGCAUGAACCAAUGAUGACUCCAUCAGCAAUCAACUCACCUUUGAUGGAGUGUCAAAGCCCCUGUGCAGUGUAUCCUGUAUACAUAUUCCACAUCCGGUAGUUAGGAAGUUUGGAAACCGGAAUUUUCAAACUAGGCUCUAUUUUAUUUAAGUUUUUUUUUUUUUUUUUUUUUUUUUUUUUUAAAUAGUUUUUUCACAUUGCUCUUCUUCAAGUAAUCCAGAUUUUCUCAAGUUUCUGUAGCUGAUAAGGAUCUAUUCUCUUGGGCUGAUGGAACCAGAGUUGGAGCUGGCGUGCAACCAUUCUUGGAUAUGUACCAUAUGGCAUAGAUGUUUCAGUGCCCUGGCAUUUUCUCAGGUUUGAGUUUUCUUUGUACUUUCUGAUGGCCAGGUAAGGUUACAUACUUUUUCCGUCCCAUUAUUUGAGCUGCUGGUUGUCGGAACUGGGUUGAAGCCAUGAGCCAGAGGUGGACGUUUGUGUGUCACUGCUGUUGGCUUAGCGUGCAUAGCUUUCACCCAUUGUGAUGGUACCUGCCAAAACCUGGACGAUAUCAAUAUAUUGUACAAGUAUUAACAUCAAA